AUGAUUCUCUGUGGAGGCUCGAACUCAAGACCUUCUGUCUGUUGUCCUGAGGAAAUCGUCAAGUCCAACUAUGACUCCAUCUACGAACUUCUUUUGUUGAGCCUCGCGCUCGCUAUCAAAACCACUGGUGCCAAUACAAACAUCGGCAGACUAGGGAACAUGGGAGUCGCAUGGAACGCCGGUGUUGGCGGCGACAAGAACGAAAGCGUCGCAUACCGACUCAACGAGGGUCUUUACGAUAUGCUCCGGAACGCGAAAAAAGAGAGAUGCAACAUCAGAGUCUGGAUCCUUACUUUUGGAACGAACAAUCUACACGCAAAGCGCCCUUUUCGCAAACAGGACGUGGAGAGUUGGAGGGUGUUGGUAGAGACCUGCUUAAGGAUUGCUCCGGAGAGUAUGGUACUGGCUUGCGAUAUGACGUAUAGGAAGGAUAUAGCUGAUGUUUUCGUCGAUGAGAGUAAUAGGAUGCUCGAGGAAGUCGUGGAAGAGAUGAACGAAAUUUUGCAAAAAGAUAUGGAAAAGGAAGACGACUCACAGGGUGGCAAGUGUCAAGGAGAUAGAGUGAAGUGGAUUGAUUCGAGACAUGUGAUCAGCAAAGACAUGCUUGUGGAUCAUGUGCAUCUAAACGAGGAAGGCUAUCGGACCUGGCAUGCUGCGUUGUGGCCACUUGUGGCAGAGGUAUUGGGUAUUCUGAGUAAGGAAACUGAGUAG